AUGCUACGAGGACUCGCGACUGGCAUUCUGCUGCUGUCAGCUCUUAAUCAUGUUGAUAGAUAUGCAAGUGCCAUUGAGCUUCCCUACGUACCGCCGCCGGCGGACGUGUUAGCUGGUGAGGGACUGACUGACUCGCCGAUUUUCCUGCUCGCCGCCGCGCCCUCGGGAAACAUCAUCGAUCGAACAGCCUGGACAGCCACCUGUGACAGCUUCCAACCAGGAUAUGAGUGUCAGAAUGCGAUUGAUGAUGAUCAGAACACAUUCUGGCACACAGAAUUUGAUCCAACAAAUGCACCUCUCCCACAUACGAUCACGAUUGAUAUGAAGACUACUUAUUAUGUGAAUGGUGUGACAUACUUGCCGUCAGUCAAAUUCCCUUUGCUUCCCUUUGGCACUCAAGUGCUGAGGCCCUUUCAUGCUCUUUUCGCGAGUAUAAGAUCAGUGUGGCUGACUCUUGCUAACCCAACUCUUAGCCGCCAGGAUGGUGAUUUAAACGGAAAUAUUGGGCGCCAUAACGUGUUCGUAAGCACAGAUGGAAUCGAUUUUGGCUCCCCUCUUGCAUUUGGCAUGUGGGGUGACGAUCAAACGUUGAAAGUUGCAGCCUUUGAGACGGUUCCUGCAAGAUACAUACGCAUUCAAGCUAUUACAGAGGCAGGAAACCGAGGUCCCUGGACGUCCGCAGCAGACAUCAAUGUAUAUGCUGCUAUUCUUGGUUCACCAGUUGAUCGGACAAGUUGGACCGCCGUUUGUGACAGCUAUCAGCCUGGAUACGAGUGUGCUAACGCUAUUACUGAUGCAGGCGGAAUCUGGCAUACGGAAUAUGACCCGGUAAAUGUCCCGUUGCCUCACACCAUUACAAUCGAUAUGCAAUCUACAUUUAGCAUAAACACCCUGAGAUAUUUACCUCGUCAGGAUGGCGGUUUCAACGGAAAUAUUGGACAGUAUCAGGUCUUUACGAGCACCGAUGGGACCAACUUCGGAACUGUUGCAAGUGGGACAUGGGUGGACGAUCCAUCUGAGAAGACUGCAGCCUUCACUGCCAUAGCAGCACGCUACGUACGACUUGUUGCUUUGACUGAAGCUGGAGACCGUGGGCCAUGGACUUCGGCUGCGGCGAUCAAUAUAUAUAUUCCCGGUAUUUACACCCCGCCGCGGACCGGCGUGGGAAGAUGGGGGCCCACCAUUGAUUUUCCAAUCGUCCCUGUCGCAGCUGCUAUCAAUCCUACGAAUGGCAGGGUACUUGCCUGGUCCUCAUAUGCUCCGGAUACUUUUGUCGGAGGGAAUGGUGGGCUGACAUUUACAUCUACGUACGAUCCUAAUACCCAGAUUGUAAGUGAGAGAGUUGUCACCGAAACAGAUCACGACAUGUUCUGUCCCGGGAUAUCACUAGACUUCAACGGACGUCCCAUCGUCACUGGUGGCAACAACGCGGAGAAAACCAGCAUCUACAAUCCACUCACAGACGUUUGGACUGCUGCCGCAGAUAUGCAGAUCCCUCGUGGGUACCAAGCUUCUACGACGUGCUCAGAUGGCCGAAUCUUUACCAUUGGAGGUUCUUGGAGCGGAGGGGAGGGUGGCAAGAACGGAGAAAUCUACAACCCAACUGCAGGGACUUGGACAUUGCUACCGGGCUGUCCCGUUGCGCCAAUGCUCACUGCCGAUGUUGGAGGAGUGUAUCGAUCCGAUAACCAUGGGUGGCUGUUUGGGUGGAAGAAUCGAUACGUGUUUCAAGCAGGCCCCAGCCGAGCGAUGAAUUGGUACAACACCGCUGGAUCGGGAGGCCAGACUGGCGUAGGCAACCGCGGCUCAGACGCCGAUUCCAUGUGUGGCAAUGCUAUCAUGCACGACGCCGUGGCCGGAAAGAUCCUGACAUUGGGGGGCUCUCCAAAUUACGCUGGGUCGCAAGCCUCAGGGAACGCCAAUCUCAUCACCAUUGGAAAUGGAGGCGCAACGCCGUCAGUCCUGCAACUCGUCGCGAUGUCAUAUCGCCGCAUCUUCGCCAACUCCAUUGUGCUCCCCAACGGUCAAGUCUUCAUCACCGGAGGUCAGACAUUUGGACAGCCAUUCUCCGACAUUGGCGCAGACCUCACGCCAGAAAUGUGGAGCCCGACCACCAACCAAUUCAGGGACAUGCUCCCCAAUUCGACACCGCGAACAUAUCACAGCUUUGCUAUCCUCCUACUGGAUGGUACUGUUCUCAGUGGAGGUGGAGGUCUGUGUGCUGAUUGCUCGACCAACCACUUCGACGCACAAAUCUACACUCCUCAGUAUUUGCUGAAUUCCAACGGAACCAAUCGUGUUCGACCAGUUAUCAACUCUGUAUCUACAACAAGCUUGAGAAUUGGUCAAUCAUUGACCAUCAGGACCGGCUCCGCUGUCACUUCCGCGUCGCUGGUCCGGUACGGAUCGUCCACUCAUACUGUCAACACUGACCAGCGUCGCAUCCCUCUUACGCUGAGGACUACCGCUAGAAAUACUUACUCGGUUACGAUCCCAGGCGACCCCGGCGUUGCGCUCCCUGGGUACUGGAUGUUGUUUGUCAUGAAUACGUCCGGUACACCAAGCAUAGCAAAAACAAUCAAGAUCAAUCCAUGA